GUCUGAACUUUAGCUUUAAAUGCUUGUUGACGAUGAACUCCCAGGGCACCACUAUACGCUGGUCUUACUUUCAGUCAGCUCUUCAGCUUGCUGUACGACGGUCUUCUAGGAAGUGGACAUAUGAAGAUUUUGCCGAAUGUUUUCCUACUUAUACUACCGAGGAUAAAGAUGGCUCGACAGCAAUUUUCAACCAAAUAUCUGAUUACAUCGAAUCACAAUCCUUCCGAGACUUGGACAAACUAUUUCAGCGUUUGAAUGUCCAAGAAAAUAUCGAUACUCUUCAUCGCAUCGUUGAGGAAUCCAAAGAAAGGAAACAACGGAAUAUAGAAGCCAAGGACCAGUGGCGAGAGGAACUGGAACCUCGAGCAGCUAUUUCUGCACGGACUAUUCCAAAACUCGAGGAGGAAAAUAUUCGACUGCGAGAGAUGUUAUCCCAGAUUGAAGCAGAGAACAGUACAUUAACUUCUCAGUUACAGGAGAGAGCUGAAGGGACUGCUGAUUCCGAGGAGAAGGCACUACGACUUCUCAAGGAACUUGAUGAAGUUUUGGACAAAUGGCAAGAACUGCCUUCUACCGAAUUAGAAAACUGGACAAGGCGAAUGAUGGAAUCGACGAAGCCUGCUGUCUAUCCAUAGUCUUGUUGACGAUCUGUGAUGACCACGAUAGAAUACAUAUGAAAUGAAGGUGCCACCUUGAUGUCGAGUCUAUACCCUCAUUGACGCGGGAUAUCAUGAAUCGUAUCGGGAAAAAGCGAAGCUGUCCAUGAUUCUCAUCCC